AUGAUCGCCCGUCUACUUCGUGCAGGGCUGUGGGCAGUAUGCCUGACGUCGAUGACCACGGCCCUUGUGCCUCCUAGUCAAGAUCCCUGGUACCAACAACCGAAAAACAUCAGCGCAUACGCACCCGGCGACACGAUCCGUGCUCGCCAGGUUGCCAACGAGCUGGAGCCCUACACGCCGGUGGGCAUGCCCAUCUCCGUGGAAUCGGUGCAUCAGUAUCUUUAUCGCACGACCGACAGCGUGGGCAAACCCAUUGCCGCCGCAGCCACCCUGAUCGUGCCGCAUAAUUCGGACCCCAGCAAAUUGCUGGCCUACGAGACGUUCUACGAUGCGAACAACCCGGAUUGCAGUCCCUCCUACACUCUUCGUCACGGUUCAUCCCACGGCAAUGGCGAUCUAAUGCCCAACAUGACGCAGCCCAUGGACCUUGCCUUUCUAUCGGCCGCCCUAGAACAGGGCUGGUGGGUAAUCACCUCCGAUUACGAAGGUCUGGACGCACAAUUUGCGGCGGGAUACCUGGCGGGAUACGCGACGCUGGAUUCGGUGCGCGUCGCCCUGCGCGAAGCACCAGCGCUGGGACUCUCGCACGACGCUCGAUAUGCCAUGUGGGGAUACUCCGGAGGCGCGUUGGCCUGCGAGUGGGCGGCCGAACUGCAACCCUCGUACGCACCCGAGUUGCGCUUCGAAGGCGCGGCGAUCGGCGGUCUGUUGCCCAAUCUCACUUCGGCCAUCGAAACCAUCAACAUGGGUCCAUUCUCGGGCGCCGCCUUCGUCAUCAUGAUCGGCGUCGCCAAGGCCUACGAGGAGCUGCACGGAUGGCUCGGCGAGAAUCUGAUCGAGGCCAGCCGACACCAGUUCUACGGCUCUGCCGACAGCUGCGUGCUGGGUGAAUUCGCGGGCGGUAUGUUGAACGAUAUCUUCCGCUACUUCUCGCGCGGCAAGGCCUCGUUUGCCGACCCCGUGCCCUCUUCCAUCCUGGAUUCCGCCGGACAGAUGGGCUCGGCGGGCGUGCCCCGGAUGCCGAUGUACGUUUACAAGGGCGCGUUGGAUGAGAUCAGCCCAAUCGCCGACACGGACGAGCUGGUGCACGGCUACUGUAAUGAGUCCGUCAGCAUCGAGUACCACCGCAUCCUAGCUGCAGAGCAUUUGACCACGGCCGUGUUCGGAUCGGUCAACGCGUUACAGUGGCUCUCCGAUCGAUUGGCCGGUCACGCGGUCGCUAACCCCGACUCUUGUCGUACGACGACCGUGCCGCUGAUGGACCUCAAGGGCAAGGCCAUCUCAUACCUGGGAUCGGAGGCUGUAGGCACCUUGACCUCGGUGAUUGGUGGUCGAUUGAACUCAUGGCCGUCGAUUCGAGCGUAA